CGGGGUUUGGGGCAGGGACUGCAGUGCUGGGAGCUCAUUGAAAGCAGCUAAGGGUGGAGGCGGGGCUCUGCCCAGUUCUCCUUCCACCUUCCCCCACCCUCUUCUUCCAACCUCUGUUUGGCUCCUCGCUCCAUUCCAGCCUUCGCAGCAGCUGCUCCGCACCCUUUCUCGGGACUCCAACAACCACAGCUGUUGUUCGCAGGAUGGUGAUCCGAGUAUACAUUGCAUCUUCUUCUGGCUCCACGGCGAUUAAGAAGAAACAGCAAGAUGUGCUUGGUUUCUUAGAAGCCAACAAAAUAGGAUUUGAAGAAAAAGACAUUGCAGCUAAUGAAGAGAAUAGGAAGUGGAUGAGAGAAAAUGUACCUGAAAACAGCCGACCAGCCACAGGGUACCCCCUGCCGCCUCAGAUUUUCAAUGAAAGCCAAUACCGUGGGGACUAUGAUGCCUUCUUUGAAGCCCGAGAAAAUAAUGCAGUUUAUGCCUUUUUAGGCUUGACAGCUCCACCUGGUUCAAAGGAAGCAGAAGCUCAGGCAAAGCAGCAAGCGUGAACGUUAAGCAUUCUUCAGCAUCUUGAAAAAUGAGUCUCCAUUGCUUUUAUAAAAUAGCAAAAUUAUCUUGGCUUCAAAGAAAUAGGCUUAAUGUUGAAAUAAUAGAUUAGCUGGUGUUCUCGCAUGCAAACAAUCAAAAUGAAUACACAAUUAAAAUGUGAACAUUAUGGUGAGGAAAUGGGUGGUGAAGUUAAAAACUUUAAGUAGAUGUUAUAGAAUAGUACUGUUAUCUGCCAAGGCGUUUUAAAUACUUUAAAGAUACUAGAGCCUAAUCCUUUUGAUAUCAUUAUGUAGCUUAAUGAUAUCUGCAGUUAAACAUUGAUGAAUUGAAACAGAGACAGAGACAGAGACAGAGACAGAGACAGACACACAGAGAGAGGGAGAGAGACUCUUAUUCCAAAAUUGCCUCAUUAACUGUAGUGAACAUGAACAUGUACCUUUUUGAUGUGAUGUUACUGUUGUUAAAUUGUAGUUACAGGUUAUGUUUGUGAUGUGUUAGGCGUAAGUUACAAUGGUAAUUCUGACAUUCCCAUGUUUUGUAGAAGAGCCUUGCAUGUCCUGAACCACAAGUUUUCUAAGCUUCUAAAUAUAACUUCAUUACACAUGCAGUGAUCAAAAUAGUUGAUUUCCCACACUUAAAGCACUAAAUGCAUUCCACUGACAGGUGCUUUGUUUACCUACACAGUUCUGACACAGUCCUGUUUCACUGUUGCUUGUCUCAGUGAAGUAUGGAUGGUCCAGUCAUGGAAAUGAAACGGCAAUUAACUUUAAAAUGUCUCCUUGCAAAAGUUCAGGCUUUUUGAUGAACAAAAUACAAUAUUUUGUCCCUCGUUGCUCAAGAUUUGAUUCCAAUAGAUUUUUAUUAAAAAUAACCUUGGUGACUUGCCUCCUGCUCCAUUUAAAUACAACUCAUGAGCAAGAAAGCCACAGUCUUCAAUAUCUGACCUUUUUGUUUCAGUUUAGGUAGAUCAUGUGCCCACACUAAUCCAAGCAGAAAGAAUUACUAUCAUGCCUUGAUUUCACCAGAAAGCAUAAGUAUCAAACAAAUGAGACAACCUUUGAGUCUUGUUACUUCUAAAAGGACCAGAAACACAGCCCGAGUCACUGAACCAAAAGAUAUGCAUAUUGUACUUUUGUCCCAUAUUAUUUAAUCUCUUAAACCAAACACUUUUUACAUUAAACUACUUUAUCAUUUCUGCUGUUUGGAAGACUAUACUCUGCAAAAUUCAACAUAUAAUGAAGCCAUGGCUUUAUUUACUGAGAUUCAAACUUGAUGCAAUGCUUUAAAAUAAACAAUGUUUUUAGAAACAU